CACACCCCUCCAGGUGAUGUCCUCGGAGGACGGGGUCUCUGUGUCGUCUGUGGAACUGACUCUUCCCCACAUCGCUCGCGAGGUUCUGAGACGGAAGGCCCUGGCCCAUCUUCAUCUUGAGGGUGGCGGUCGAGGACCAGCAUGACGCUCAAGACCUGGCUCUCCGGCACCUACGGCGCCUCCCACAAGAACACUAAGACCACCGUCGACAUCUUGGCCUCCCACGAGGUGCCCAACCAGUCCGUCCUCGGCCUCUCCAAGGGUCUCAGUUCCCUCCAAAAUGGCGACGUGACACUCCGCCGGGCGCUUAAGAAUCCGUUUUCUACGCUGACGAACGCGGGAAGCCGCGAAUGGCGCGUCAGGAGCGUCGAAGACGUCGUUGACGCCGAAGGAGGAGAUUACGGGUUUUUGGAGUAUUACUCCCUUAGGAGGACGACGUCGCGGGACACGGCGCUGACCGACCCGAGACCGAGUCUCACCUACGGCACCUGGAGCCGCCUCAACGGCAGCUGGGGGAGGUGGGCGGACGCCAGUCCGGCGCAGUUCUACCCGGGCACCUUCACCCGCGGCGACAAGAACGACCGUAAACACGGCAGUGUGGACCACAGACCUCGUAAUUACCACAUGGACGACCCCUGGAGACCCGACGACAUGCGCACCUCCACUCCUCUCUCCACCAUGUCGUCCCUCCACGACCUGCCUGCGCCUCCCACCGCGCAACAGUCACAACAGACGGGUAACUCCGCAGAAACGACGAGACGAGGGAUAGUCAAACGCAACUCGCUGCUGUGGCGGCUGCGGCCGGAUAGGUGGAGAGGGACGGAUGGCUCGCUUCGUCGCGUCCGCAGCCGGGACGACGGGCUGGACUUGAGCCGCAGCCGUCGGAAAAGUGACCUGGGGGCGUCUCAGCCGGAUCUGCUGACGUCACACAGAGCUCCCGGUGAACCGGUUCGGUGUGACGUGGUGUGCCCGGCGCCGUUCUCUAUACUGCCGCCCACGACGCGUCGUGCCGCGCACAGCGAGACGCUGCCUCGUCGCUCGCGCCACGCUAGUAAAGAGAACUGCACGAGUACUUUACUGGCACGUGGGCGGCGCUGGCUGCACGGCGCCAGCCUGGGGCGUGCCGACUGUAUCAUGGACCGGGAGGAGUCCGAGCUGGUAGUCCGCCCGGAGACUAUGUUGCCGCAUAGUCUCUCCUCAGUGGCCAACAUGACCAACAUGGCCUGUGUAAAUAAUUAUAAGAACGCUCUGAAUGGUCCUUCAGUGGGCGGGCCGCCCAUGUUUGGCAGUUUGGGGCGGGAGGCGGGCGAGGGCGACCUAUGGCGGCGAGGACGAGCUCGCUCGAGGCGGCCUCGAACUUUUUACCUUUUGGAGGACUACCUCUCGCCAGUGAGGAGCACAGGCGUGGCUCCCGCCGGGGUGGUCCUCGACGAGUACGUGGGUCACGGGCCUCGUCUCGUGUUCCGCGAGGUGUCCAACGACACCCCCCAGCGGCCCCUGCCCCCCACCCCAGAGUGGGACACCCCCUCCCUCUCCCCGCCCUCGAGUAUCAUGAAUGGCCACCACCCCACGCCCCUCCAGUACCACGCCUCGCAUGCCGGCGGACAUGGCGUCUACGUCGACGCCAUUAUCCCUUCUCCGGAGAAGAGUUGCGGUUCGAGCCUCUAUUCUCCGGUAUUCUCCCCGCGGGACUCUGGCUACCCGCGGUUUAUCACCCCGGAAUUGGCCCUUCCGGAACGGGCGCCCCCGCCCGUGUCGGGUCUGCCCCCGCCCACACACGCCCACACUCGCAACUGCCGCAGUCUGGAGUAUGAGGGCUGCCGCAAGACCUCUCACACUCACAAGAGCCCUGCACACCACAAGGACUCCUCUUUACACAAGCUGGGGCGCUCUGCUACUUCCUCUAGACCUCCGCUCUCCAGCAAGCUUAGACAAAAUGGUCUCAUCACAGCGCAGAGGCGCUGAAGACGUAUGGGGACCUGGUGACGGAGUACGAGCGGCGGGAGAUCGAAGCGUACCCGGACAUCUACUACCUCGGGGUCGACGCCCGCAAGAUCCACGGCGAGGAAGGCGCGCAGCUCAAUGGCGGCUACGAUGACGAGAACGGUAGCUACAACAAGGUCAUGCACGACCACAUCAGCUACAGAUACGAGAUCCUUGAGGUCAUCGGGAAGGGCUCCUUCGGCCAGGUCAUCCGCGCCAUCGACCACAAGUCUGGGGACCACGUGGCUAUCAAGAUCAUCAGGAACAAGAAGAGGUUCCACCACCAGGCGCUGGUGGAGGUGAAGAUCCUAGACCACCUGAGGCGACGGGACCCCGACCAACACCACAAUGUCAUCCACAUGCUCGACUACUUCUACUUCCGCAACCAUCUCUGCAUCACCUUCGAGCUCAUGGGACUCAACCUAUACGAACUGAUAAAGAAGAACAACUAUCAGGGGUUUAGUCUCAGUCUUAUCAAGCGCUUCGCCUUCUCUCUCGUCCAAUGUCUCAAGUUGCUCUCCAGAGAGAACAUCAUCCACUGCGAUCUCAAACCUGAGAACGUGUUGCUGAAGCAGAGAGGCAGCAGUAGUAUCCGCAUCAUAGACUUCGGCUCCUCGUGCUACGUCCACCAGCGAGUCUACACCUACAUCCAGAGUCGCUUCUACCGCUCCCCCGAGGUCAUACUCGGCCUCCCCUACGGCCUCCCCAUCGACAUGUGGAGCCUAGGCUGUAUUCUGGCCGAGCUGUACACGGGAUACCCACUGUUCCCAGGGGAGAACGAGGUGGAGCAGCUGGCCUGCAUCAUGGAGGUCCUCUCCCUGCCUCCACACCACCUCCUCAUAGCCGCAUCCAGACGUAGACUCUUCUUUGACUCGAAGGGUAACCCAAGAUGUGUCACCAACAGUAAGGGGAAGAAGCGUCGACCUGGCUCUCGUGACCUGGCCUCCGUCCUAAAGUGUUCUGAUACGCAGUUCGUCCACUUCAUAGCUCGCUGCCUCGAGUGGGACCCAUCAACCAGAAUGAGUCCAGAGGAGGCAUUGCAACAUGACUGGCUCCACACAUCCCUCACCUCUACUAUUUCAUCAUCAUCAUCAUCAUCAACAACACAGGUGGGGACGUCGGAGCGUCGGUCAGGUGUGGUGAACGGCGGAGGGCCAGCCGGUAACCCUAGACGCCAAGGGCCCAUCACUCAGGACUCCACUGAGGAGGAUAAUUACUCCUUAUACAAGGUAUACAAAGGGAAGCGUCAUCGGGACACAGGUGUGGUGGUGUCAGAGGUUGGAGCCAAGCAGGAAACCACCAUUGGCAAUGCCAAUGCCACCACCAUCACCUCUAACCCUGGUGUUAAUGGCAAUCCAGAGGGCACAUCAACAGAGAACUCUCUGGAUGAUUCGGGCACAUUCCUCCCACCAAUUCUCUAAAUUGUGAAUAUGUAUGACGAGCAGUGGACAUUCUCUCAGCCCUCUGUGAGAGCCAUAGGCAGUGCUGAUCCCCAAGUGCUAGGCGGGUUACUAGCCCAGCAGGGAAGCACUAGCAGCCUGUGUGUGUUUGUGAGCAUCCCUCCUAGACAGCAAGUUAGUGACAAAGCUGGUGUAGCAGCUCACAUGACAGACCUGAAACAUUUUAUAGAAUGGCAAAUGCAGAGAUUAAGAUAUUUUAUAAAUGUUAAGUGAUCAGUGACUCUAGAAAUAUAUGGUCUUGUCAGGAACACACACACACAUCUACUAGUCCUGUGUGGACCUUCUGCAAGAGAUUCUAUCUUUGAGCAAAGUGUACCCGAUGUGCCCUAAGCUGUGUAUAGUUAUAGCUGCAGUUAUGUUAGGUGUGGCCCUCGCCCUCCUUCCUUUACUCUCUAUCACUCAUUGCUGAUUUCUUCUACUUUUCUGUGAUGCAACUCAUUCCAUUCACUUCAUACAUUCCCUUUACCUCUAAUAAAAUAACUUGCAAAAUUGAAUCAUCUUUAGUAUUCUAAUUUGGUAUACAGUAUCUUCAUCACCUGGAUUGCUCCAUCACCUUCUGUCACCAUAUCCUAAUUAUCUUGGCCUAUAUCCUUGGUCUUUUUCAUUUCCGAGUCACACAGCCUUCACCUGUUAUAUGCCUUCCCUUGAUCUCUGCCUUUUAUAAUCUUUUCCACACUCUUGCAGUCUUACUUUUGUAUACUACAUUUAUAAUCAAGCUGGCAUAAAUCAUCCUCUGUUGUAUUUCAUAUUUUAUCUUCCCUUUUUCUGUAUUGAAUACUUUUUUUUUCUCUGCAUCAGCGAGGUCUAUGCAAUACAGUAUUACCCUCGACUCUUCUCUGCCUCCCUUGAAGCAUGAUGGCUGGCCUCACAUGCAAAGGAAACAUGACAUCCCAGCAGGAGUGUUCUUGGUUGUGACAAGAUCAGCAGCUUAACCAACCCAAUAUGUCCUUGGAGACUAUUGUUACUGAAAACUGGAUCAAGAUCAACAAGUCCCUGAUGCUACAGUACAACUCAUCAAAAUCCUAGUGGAACUAAUUUCCUCAUAACCACUAUAUUAUGCAGGGGUAUUUUUAUUGAUAUUACAAAUUUUCAUCCAUUUCACUGUAGGGUAACGAAACACGUUGAAAAAAUAUUUUCUCCUGUGAGACUCGGCCUUAUCGCGGCUCUGUGAUAGCCUUAACAUAUCUCUUUAAUAAGCCUUACCAAAGAUUCACCAAAGAUGUAUCUUUUGUAUCUUAGUCAUAUCUUUGUAGAUAACUCAUAGUCUUCAAAACUGCUCCUUCUGCCUCGAGUCUCCUAUAUAUCUAGCCAGUUAAACACAGCCAUCCCAAAAAUUGUCCAAGUAUCAAUGACUGGUUCCAUACCUCCUUUCCCAGCAGAUGCUUUUUCCCAUACAUUAGAAACUCGGGUGACAGCCAGGUAUAGAAGAUUCUGAUGCACUACAACAGUUGGGUAAUCAGGCAUAACAACGCCCCCUGACUCAACUUAUUAGUCAACUGUUAAAUGCUGGUAAAGCUCCAGUGUACCACAACAGUGGCCUGAUAAGUUCAGGAAAGCUCUGACAUAAGUCAUUUUGAUCAGAGUCAGUAAAUUCUAAACAUAUUCAUAUCUCAAUAUUUAUCUCAUCACGGCCAACAGAGUACCAACACCUCCCACCAAUUGGUAGACCUGGGCCGACAAUACUAUACUCAAGACAACACCUGCAUCAGUCUACCCUUCUUCCCCCCAUGAAGAAUAUGAGCUUAAAUCAGAUGGAUACGCUUUAAUACAAUUCAGAUUUUGAGCUUUGACCCUGAUGUAGUAAUAGAGAUUUUUUCAACUGUUUUUAUGAAUGAAGGAAAGCAUGAAGAUCCUGAAGCAUGGCUGUUGAGAUCACAUAAAGUGCAAAUAUUAUUGUCAACAAAAAAUUCUAGGACAAAAUCUUUAACAUUUUGCUUCAUUAAAUAGACAAAACUUUCAUUAAAAAUGUCUUCAUUGAAGUACUAUUUCCAAGUGUGUCCAAUAGGAGGAACAUGAUUGUUUUAUAUACACAGUAUAUAAUAUAUAUAUAUAUGUCGUACCUAAUAGCCAGAAC